AUGGCAUCUCCAAAUAGUGAAGAAAGGAGUGAUGGGAAAUGGAGAAGUUAUGUGAAGAAGGGGAGGAAUAAGAUAAUAGAAAUUGGAAAAGAAGUAAAGAGAAUUGGAGAAGAUGAUCCUAGAAAAAUUGCUCACUCUCUAAAAGUAGGAUUAGCUCUCACAUUAGUCUCAAUGUUCUACUAUUUUAAUCCACUUUAUGAUGGUUUCGGUGUUAAUGCAAUGUGGGCUGUUCUUACUGUCGUCGUCGUCUUUGAAUUUUCCGUUGGUGCAACUCUGGGAAAAUGUAUAAAUAGAAUGGUAGCAACAUUUAUAGGCAGCACUCUUGGAAUUGGAGCUCAUCGCAUCGCAACCUUUUCUGGUCGUACAGGAGAACCCAUUUUGAUUGCUACAUUUGUCUUUAUAGCAGCUGCCAUAAUGACGUAUACAAGGUUUAUACCAACAUUAAAGGCUCGGUACGACUAUGGGCUAACAAUAUUCAUAUUAACAUUUUGUUUGGUAUCGGUUUCGGGUUAUAGAGACAAUCAAGUUCUAAAAAUGGCUCACAUGAGGGUUUCAACAAUCAUUAUUGGUAGUUGUACUUCUAUUAUUAUUUCCAUUCUUAUUUACCCUGUUUGGAUUGGAGGGGAUCUUCACAAUCUCAUUUUUGCCAAUAUUGAAAAGCUUGGAUUGUUUUUGGAAGAAUUUGGGAGAGAGUACUUUAAAGCAGUUAAAGAUGAUGGACAUGCUAAAAAUGAAAGCUCAGUCCUUCAAAGCUAUAAAAGUGUUCUUUUCUCGAAGAGCAAUGAAGAAACUAUGGCCAAUCUAGCCAUGUGGGAACCGGCUCAUGGUCAUUUUAAAUUUUUUCAUCCUUGGAAACAAUAUUUGAAAAUUGGGAGUUUAACCAGAGAAUGCGCCUACAAAAUUGAAGCUCUUAACAACAUACUUCACUCUCAUAUCCAAUCCGACGCAGAGAUUCGAGACAUAUUUGCGGAGUCAUGCACAAAAGUUUGCAUGGAAUGUGGGAAAGCAUUGAAGGAAAUAGCAUGUGUGACAAAGAAAAUGAGAAGAUCAAACGCAGCAGCUCACCAUAUGUUAAAUUCAAAGGCGGCUACGGAUAAUAUCAAAUCACUUCUCAAAACAAGUCAAUUUAAUGGGGCAAAUCUGAUGGAAAUUGCAUCAAUAGUUGCAGUUUCAAUGCUUUUGUUGGAUAUUGUGGGAAAUAUUGAAGACAUUAUUGAGUCAAUUACUGAGUUGGCAGCUAUGGCUCGUUUCAAGAUCAUGGAUCCUACUGUAUCGCCAGAGCAACCAUGUUUGCUUCAUCGAGGAGCAGUGCAGCCUAUGUCAAACAGUGUUGAUGGUAAAUCUCACGUUAUUUCUACUGGGGAAUAA